AUGGCCAUCAUGCUGGGGUCAUCUGCCAUCUGUUCCAUUGGAGAGGGGCGGGUCAGCGACGUUUUCUGGGGCGGGGUGCAGAGAACAGAGUCAGACGGCUCUGUACCACCAAAGGGUGAGGAUCAGCGUCGCGCGGCGCGCAGGGUCAGUGUAGCAGUGUGCGGUCGCAAUGGACCGUGGGGUGCGCUGUGCAUGCAUUGGCGCCAGCCGGCGGGUGGUGGCCCACGAGACAUGGUGAACAAUCCGGGCGUCGGCCCUGGCCAGACCUGGGUCCAGCGUCGGGUCGAAAUGAAAGGAACCCAGGGUCUGGAUCCUUACGGACGGCUCAACGCUCGGGAGCUCAGCGCAUCAGUGCGCCCUGGGGCAUGCGGGGCUGUUGAGGGUACCAUCUUCUUCCCGCUGCCACAAUCUGAUGAGGUCGCGGAGAAGGCGUGCACUCCGAGGGCCCAGGUCGUGGUGACCGUCCGUUGCGGUUGCACGUCAAGUCAACCGUCAGUCAAGGUGCCGGGGGUGUCCGAUGGCUGGUUCCGUUUUGAGGGUGUUCGGUGUCUACCAAGCAGGGUCUGA